GAAGGGGAGGCGCCUGUGCCGGCCACCGGCCGGCGCGCCUCCGAGAAUGCCCGGAGCUGCCGCCGGCUCCGGGCCGCGGUGAACGUGGGACACACGGGACCCCUCAGCGCCCCCCUCACCCUUUAGAGUAGUCAAAUCCGGCUUUUAGAGCGUGGAGAGGGUGGGGAUAUCCGGUGCCUCCCCGGCGCCGGAGGAAGGGGGAGGGCGGAGAGGCUCCCUGGCCAGUCUGCGCCGAUCAGAUUCAAACCAAAACAAAAAGAUUAAAGGAGCAGCUACCGGGGCGGCUGCGAUCCUCCGGCCAGGACCCCGGGGGUGGCGCGUCCGGGAGCUCCGGGGGCUGCAAGGACUCCGGGAGCUGCGCGCCGGAGGGGGAGCGGGCGCCAAGCGCGGAGGGGAAGGGGGGGAGCCGAGGGAAGGGCGAGGGCCGGAGGAGGGGCGGACCCACCGGCUCCGCCCGCGCCCAGCCGAACUCAGCUGCCCGGGCUGGUCGCGACCUUGGCCUGCAGCGGCUCGGAAAGCAGGCGGUGGCGCGGACUAUGCUGCGGCUGGCGCUCGCCGCGACCCGAACUAUCGUGGACAUGUCGUAUUCCCGCCACUUCCUGGACUUCCAGGGCUCCGCCAUCCCCUGCGCCAUGCAGAAGCUGGUGGUGACUCGGCUGAGCCCCAACUUCCGCGAGGCCGUCACCCUGCGCCGGGACUGCCCGGUGCCACUCCCCGGGGACGGAGACCUCCUCGUUCGAAACCGAUUUGUCGGUGUUAAUGCAUCUGAUAUCAACUACUCAGCAGGACGAUAUGACCCUUCAGUCAAGACCCCCUUUGAUGCAGGUUUCGAAGGUGUGGGCGAGGUGGUAGCCUUGGGCCUCUCCGCCAGUGCCAGGUACACAGUCGGCCAAACUGUGGCUUACAUGUCACCGGGCUCUUUUGCUGAGUACACAGUGGUGCCAGCCAGCAUUGCCAUCCCAGUGCCCUCUGCCACACCCGAGUACCUCACCCUGCUGGUAAGUGGUACCACCGCACACAUCUGCCUGAAAGAGCUCGGCGGGCUGAAGGAAGGGAAGAAAGUGCUGGUGACGGCUGCGGCUGGGGGGACAGGCCAGUUUGCCGUGCAGCUUGCAAAGAAGGCCGGGUGCCACGUCAUUGGAACCUGCUCUUCUGAUGAGAAGUCUGCUUUCCUGAAGUCUGUUGGCUGCGAUCGUCCCAUCAACUAUAACACUGAGCACGUGGGUACCGUCCUGAAGCGAGAGUACCCUGGAGGCGUGGAUGUGGUCUAUGAAUCUGUGGGGGGCGCCAUGUUUGACUUGGCAAUAGAUGCCUUGGCCACCAAAGGGCGCCUGAUAGUAAUCGGGUUUAUCUCUGGCUACCAAACCCCUACUGGCCUUUCACCUGUGAAAGCAGGAACCUUACCCGCCAAACUGCUGAAGAAAUCUGCCAGCAUCCAGGGCUUCUUCCUAAACCAUUACCUUUCUGAGUACAGAGCAUCCAUGGACCACUUGGUCAAGAUGUGUACCAGUGGAGACCUCGUGUGCCAGGUGGACCUGGGCGACCUGUCCACAGAGGGCAGGUUUACUGGCCUGGAGUCCGUGUUCCGGGCUGUCGAUUACAUGUACAUGGGGAAAAACACGGGGAAGAUUGUAGUUGAAUUACCUCACCCUGUCAACAGCAAGCUGUAAAAACCAAACAAUGGCAUAAAUCAGAAGAGAAAGAAAGUUCUGGUGGAGUGAGAUGCCUCUUGUCCCGGGCACCUGAUACCACACAUGAACGUAACCAGUCGAGUGCCUUCUCUUCUGAAUCCUGCCUGGAGCUGAUCGGCCCGCCUGCUAACCUUCAGCUCACCAAAGGCGGCUGCAGCCUUCCCUGUGAACUAGGAAAUCCCACGGUGCCUCUCCGAUCGAAGGCAGAGCCCUCCGGAUGGUUUCACAGCCCGGGGUUUCCGCAUCUCUCACGUGCUAAAUAAAUAGGAAGACAAUUAAAGGUCCAGAAAACUUGG